AUGGUCGAAGCCAAAGCCCGUCAUGAGGAUCUAAUGGAAAAGCGCAGUGACAAUAUCACAAGCGCUGCUGCUAGGUAUCGAGAGCGAAGAGGAAGACACCCGCCGCCAGGCUUUGACAAAUGGGUCGCGGGCGCGCUCGAAAACAACGCAAUCAUUGUCGAAGACUUCUUCGAUCGCAUCUAUACCGACUUGGCCCCCUUUUGGUCCCUUGACACGGAGACAAUCGCCCAGCGAGCAAGUUCUUGGUGGCACGUUGUCAAAGUGCGAAAUGGAACGGCCGAAGGCGUAGGGGACGUCGAAGGUAGAGUCAUCUGGCUGCAGCUCUGGACAGAACUUGUCAGCGAGUUUGCUCAACACUUGCCUGAUGUCGACAUGCCCAUCAACUACAUGGACGAAUCUCGAAUCCUCGUCCCUUUCGACGAAAUCACAAAACUCCGACAAAAAGAACAAGAGAGCAGGAAAAUCACUCCUACCAAAGAAGUCACCACUCAGUUCAAGGGCUUGAAGCGUAUUGAUGACGCCAAAUUGGAGCCGUACGAUCCUAAAUGGCAUGCCUUUGACGAUGCUUCAUACUGGGACUUGCUCGUCAAGACGUGUGGUCCAGAUACACCCGCUUACGGCGUCCAGAGUCUAACGGAUUUCACCGCCCCCGCGAGCAUUCCCAACGAAUGGAACCCGUCAUACUCUUACAAAGGCUUCGUUCGAAACUGGACAGCAGCCAUGGACCCUUGCAUACAGCCACACUUGCAACAGUUACACGGUACUUUUGUCAAGCCCCGCAGCCUGUCCUCCACCGAGGAGCUGAUUCCGUUGUUUGGUGGCUCGAAGCUUAUGGCGAAUAACGAGAUCCUCAUCCCCGGGGCAAUGUAUCUGGUCAACGACGAGUUCUACGCCGGAGGUGAAGACCAUGGAGUCUCCUGGAAGCACAAAAAGGACGGUAUUGUCUGGCGAGGAGAGGCUUCCGGCGGUCGUGCUGGCGAAGAGAUGUGGCAACACUUCCACCGUCACAGGCUGAUCCAAAUGCUCAACGGCACAACCGUCAGCGCGAUGGAGCAACGCAACGAACGAUCCCCGACAUUCGAAAUGCCGUCGCGACGGCUCUACAACGGCGAGCAUCUGUCCCAGGGACAAGUCGGAGACUGGCUCAGCGAAAAUGCCAAUGCCGGCUUCGUCAAGCUUUGCGACCCCGGCGCAUGCGACUUUCUCGCGCCGUACUAUCACGAGGUGGAGCGCGUUCCAAUGAAGGAGCAAUACGGCUACAAGUUCCUCCCUGACGUUGACGGCAAUUCCUUCAGCGCUCGAUAUCGCGGCUUUCUGCGAUCAACCAGCAUGCCGCUCAAGGCGACGAUAUACGCCGAGUGGCACGACGACCGACUGAUUCCCUGGAUGCACUUUGCGCCGUUCGACAACACGUUUCAGGACUUGUAUUCGGUCCUCAACUUUUUCGCCGACGGCCCGAGGGGCAGAGGCGAUGAAGCUGCUCGAUUCAUUGCGGAAACUGGCCAGGCUUGGGCUGAGAAGGUUCUUAGACGAGAGGAUAUGUCGUUAUAUGUUUGGCGGCUGUUGCUUGAGUGGGCUCGCAUCUGCGAUGAAAACAGGGAAAAGCUUGGGUUUGUGGGUGACUUGGUCUAA